AGCGAGCGAGCGCGCGCGUUUAUUCAGCGAGCCCGAGCGCAUAAAUUGGGGGCGCGAGCACGCGUGCGUUUAGCGAACCGCCGUCCGCUUCAACACUGCUCUGGAUUUCUGCUGCUUUUGCUUCUUCUUGUUCUUCUUCUGCUGCUGAUAAUGAUGAUGAUGCUUCUUAUUCGUAUUCAUAUUCGUAUUAUUCAGAUUUCUUAGCUAAGACGUAGUAUAAUAAUAUAAUAAUAAUCGCGUAGUCGCGCGAGCUGCGGAAACGCUCGGGAACUGCUCGGAGCCGCGUGUAGAAGUACGGGUUUGUUUAAAAACAACAACAACAAAAACAAAAAAAAAAAAAAAAAAAAACAACUACAAAAGAAUAGCGUAAUUACGUUAUAUACAGGCUUAUUCUCUAUUCGUUAUUCUUUAUUUUGUUUUUAAAGCGCAUAUUUUCUUCUUUAUUCUUCUUUAUUCGGGUUUGUUUUUGCGUUGUUUAUUUUUUGUUGCAUUUUCUUCGCAAGGCUGAUUCCUUUUUAAAUACAUAUAUUUUUUGUCCUCUUUUUAAGCACUUUUCUUUCAUUUUUCGCGAUUUCUUCCCGUUUUUUUUGUUAUAUAUUUUUUUCGCGUUUGUUUUGUUUUGCGUUUUUUACGCUAUUCUCUCCUCCUCUCCUCUCUUCUUUAACGACUGUGUCCUCGUGUUUUCAUUCGCGUUGUUUUUCUACUGAUUCUUUUUUCCUCUCUUUUCUUCUUUUACGACUUAUUUCCCCAAAGAGGAUUUAUUUAUUUUUCUUCUUCUUCUUCUUCUUCUUCUUCUUCUUUAUUUUCUCUUUUAUUUCCCUAUCUAUUUCUCCGUUACGCUACGCUGUUACGCUGUUCUCUGCGCUGGCUACACUGUGCGCACGCGCCCUCCUCCUCCUCCUCCUCCUCCUCCUCCUCUUCCCCUUAACGUUACUUAUCUCAUUCUAUUUAUUCAUUACUCGCGCUCGCGCUCACCACUCUCUCGCAGUUGGUGGAGCCUAUAGAGAGAGCGCGCGCGGAUGUGAGCGUGCGGACGCGCGUGAUACAUUGUGGCGACAAACAGCGUAACGAAACAACGUUGACGGCGACCCGUAAAACACGUAGCGUAACUCGCGCGCGCUCCAGAGGAGGAGGAUAAUAAUACGGAGCGAUCCGCCGCCGAGAAGAGCCGAACCGAGCCGAGCAAAGCCGAACCGAACCGGGGAGAGAGAGCACCGAGAACACGGAGAGAACGCACGGAGGGAACGCACACCGAGCGCGAGCGUGCGUAGUACACGUAUAGUGCAAGCGUACGGACGGACGAACGAAAAAACGAACGAGCGAGCAAGCGAACGGACGGACGGAGUAACGGGCAAGGCGCUCGUGUUUGGCGGUCGGUCGGUCGCGUGUCCACCGCGCGAGCCUCCACACAUGGGUGUCCGCCACUGUAAAUAAGGCACCGCCACUCCGAGCCUGCGUUUUUUGACGCCCCCCGUUAACGCAUCAUUCAGUCCCGCGCGCCGCCGGAGCCCCGCAGCCUGCUGGAGCCGAGAACGGAGCGCCUGGAGCCGGACCCCUCGUUCCUCAGGACGAUGGUGCUAGACAAGGAGGAGGGUGUGCCGAUGCUCUCCGUCCAGCCCAAAGGGAAACAGAAGGGGUGCGCCGGCUGCAACCGCAAGAUUAAAGACCGCUACCUGCUGAAGGCGCUGGAUAAAUACUGGCACGAGGACUGCCUGAAAUGCGCCUGCUGCGACUGCCGCCUGGGGGAGGUGGGCUCCACCCUCUACACCAAAGCCAAUCUCAUCCUCUGUCGCCGGGAUUACCUGAGGCUGUUCGGGACGACGGGGAACUGCGCCGCCUGCAGUAAACUGAUCCCUGCGUUUGAAAUGGUGAUGAGGGCCAGAGAUAAUGUUUACCAUUUGGACUGUUUCGCCUGUCAGCUCUGUAACCAGAGGUUUUGCGUGGGCGACAAGUUUUUCCUAAAGAACAACAUGAUUCUGUGUCAGAUGGACUAUGAGGAGGGCCAGCUCAACGGGAGCUUUGAGACGCAGGUUCAAUAACCACCCCGACGGAGGCAGCAGCAGCCCUCACACACACACACACACACACACACACACCAGCAGACGCGCACCUACGUUUACACAACGCACUUCAAUCCCUUUCAGUUCACACAGAGUACCAGAUUUUGCUGAAAAAUACAAAUAUACAUUUUUUAUGUAUUGUCAAUAAUACACAAAUUUUACGUUGCUUAAAAAAUAUAUUUAAAAAAAUACACUGAGUGUGCAAUAAGACCACCAUGAUCCGAGGAUCGCCGGUUCGAAUCCUGGGUCAUGUUUUUUUUACGGCAUCAGCAGCCGGAGUCAGAGAGAGAGAGAGUACAGUAGGUCAUGCUGCAAUUAGUGGGUGGGGUAAUUGGCCUUCCAAACUGGGAAGAAAGUGGGAUUGAAAUUAAUUAAUUAAAUAAAUAAAUAAAUAAUAAACACAAUUUAUUCAAAACAUUAUGGAGCAUUGAGUUACAUAGCGCUGCAUUGCGUAGCGUUGCAUUGCGUAGUGUCACAAAAUGCAAUGAUGCAUUACAUCGUAUUACAUUACAAAGUGUCACAUUAUGUGACAUCACAUUACGCAGCGCUGCAUUGCAUAAUGUCACAAAAUGCAACGCUGCAUUACAUACUGUCACAUUACAAAGUGUUGCAUUAUGCAACAUUGCAUUACGCAUCAUUGCAAUGCAGUGUUGCAUUACGCAACAUUGCAAUACAUAGUGUUGCAUUACGCUACGUUGCAUUAAGUAUCGUCACAUUACAGUGUCCAAUUACACAGUUGCAUUGCAUAGCAUUGCACAUUACGUAACAGCGCAUUAAGUAGGGUCGCAUUAAAUACCGUUGCAUUACAUCACAUUCCUUCAGUCUGGAUGCUCUAAUCGGAUUUUAAUGUGUAUUUUGCGUCACUCAACACAGCUAAAACUUUUUACACACAUUAUUAUUAGAUUUUUAUAAAAAUAUGAUUUGCUGCACCAAAAACUCCAGCAGAACAUUAAAGGGUUAAUAUAAAUACGCAUAAAUUACGUAGCUUUUUUUUUUUUUUUGGUACUCUGUGUGACGGGGCCUGGUACAUGCACAUGCGCAUACAUGCGACGGAUGUUCUGCUGCAACCGGAGCCGGAGGAGCGUCUGUCUGCUUGCCUGCAAUACUUUCUUUUUACAGUAAAAAACCCAAAUUUUGGUCGUGAAGGACUGAAUUUACUUGUUGUAAAUGUACAAAAUGUUGGCCCCGCCCCCUCCCCAGCCCCGCCCACACACUGAGCAGUUACGAGUUUAUUGUACAGUUGUGCCUGCUUUAGCUGAGCACUGUAUUGCCUGUAUGUUUUUUGUGAUGUUUGUUUCAGGUUUAUUUUUGUUAUUAUAAUUAUAAUUAUUAUUAUUACAUUUAUUUUAUUUUUAUUUUUCUCUCUUCCUCCCGUACUGGGUGGUACUGCGACUGCUCCUUGGAGGGUAAUGUACAGUCUGUUUUUCUGUAUAUAUAAACUGGAACAUUUAUUUUAUGAAAUUGUAAUGCAAUUUUAUUACUAGUGUGAAUUAAAAACAAAAGAUUCUUAAAUGUUCAUACCUGA